GAUCCACACAUGCAGUUCUGGACUGAUGGAACUGACAAAGACACAGAGGGAACUUGGAUUUGGGACACCACCGGAGAACCUUUUGAGGUAACUGACUGGUAUCCCGGUGAGCCGAACCAACACGAACACAAUGAAGACUGUCUGACUUUUUACUUAGGUAGAUACGACUACCACUGGAACGACAAUCACUGUGAUCUCCCAAAGGGUUUCAUUUGUGAGAAGGAAACGACACCUUUGCAAGUGGUGGGAUGAAGUGCUUGACUGCUUCUCACAUAGUGUAUCGCUAUCAAUGGAUACACUAUAAAGAAAUUAACAUGAUUAAAUAUAA